UAAAGUAACCUAAGAAUUAAUUUUUGAACAAAUCACAAAUAGGAGAUUGCAAUCUAAUGAUAAUAAUUAAUUAUACUAAAGCAAAGUUUACAAAUAUGAGUCUAUCCGAUAAACCCUUUGUUUGCGAUGAAAAAAACUGUUUCAUGACAUUCGCUAACGAGGACCAUCUAAACUCUCAUAAAAAAAAACAUAAUAUGAGUUUUAUUUUAGAACUCGAUCCAAAAAAUAAUGAAGCAGGUAUAGAAGGUGACCAAACACCUACGCCAACCAGUUUUUUUAGAAAUUGUGAGGAAGUAGGACUCUUUCAAGAUUUGCAGAAUGUCAACCCUUUCGAGGAAACAUUCAAAAAAGCUAUUGAAAAUUCUGAUAACACCGUGCUUAAGUUGGGUACACUAUCUGAUGUCACAAAUGAUGAUACUUUACAUACUCCACAUAUUUUUCCAUCUGUCGAGGAUCCAUUACAUGAGGACAUUUUAGACAUUAAUAAUAGCGAGCUGUCGAUUGUGAAUUUGAUAGAAAUACCUCAGAUAGGUGAAAAGAUCGAAUCAUUGAUUGAUAUUUCAAACCAUAAAGUAUCUGAAAAAUCACCAAGUUUGAGAAGUAUAUUGAAGGAAGCCUUGAUGAAGAAAGAUAAAGUUAGAAAUAAUAAAAAUUUAGAGAACACUAUCACCAUUAGGACACUGAAUUCAAACCCUACAAAUACAACAUUUCAAGAUAAUACCAAAUCUAAGGGCAUAAAAUCAAAUGAUAAAUCUAACAUUGAAAGAAUCAGAGAAAUUAAUAGAGCAGCUCAAAUGAAAUGCAGAGUUAAGAAGAAACGACAGAUGGAUAAAAUGUUAAAUGAAUUGAAGAAUUUGAAAAAGGAAAAUUUAGAAUUGAGGAAAGAAAAUGCACAAUUAAAGCAAAGUAAUAUGCACCUUUGGAAAGCUGUUGAAGAUUUAGGAGGAUCUAAAGAUACUUUAUUGGAUAAGAUCAAGUCUUCCCUGGAUAAACAAGAUACAGAUAAUCCUUCGGAAAUGAGUCCAAAGCAGCUUCCUCUUCUAGCACCAGCUGGGACGAUAAGCUCUCCUAAAAUUGCACCUCCAGCACCUAUAAUUUUCAGUUUAGUCCCUGUUCAAAUAUUCAACACCAAUACAAUCACUGGACCGCCUCCUCUGAUCAAAUCGGAUAUGAAGAGACAGAAAAUUAUACCUCGUAUACUCCGAAAGACUUGAAGCAAGGUUUCAGUAAGGUCAAAGGUAGAAACAAAUAAUGCCAUUAUGAUAUUGAAUUUUAUUUCACUCAAUCUACGACAAGAAAUAUGUUAAGCACUAUUCUUUGAUAUUCGUUUUGUAUUGAAAAAAACACUUCCAAAACAUUAAGGAAAAAACAUUUAUAAUUAAUUAUGUGUAUAGGUGUGCGAAGAAUGUAAAGCAAAUACUGAUCUCAUAUAAGAUGAAAAUAUUGACUUCAAUUUCCAAAUAAUUUAAAUAUAUUCACUUUGAAUUAAUCCUCAUUAAUAAUAUUGUAUUAAUUAUUGAUUAAUUUCAAAUUGCAUUAUUCAUCAUGUAGAGUAUAAAAAAAGUAAGAACAUAAUUCGUAUCCUUGAAAUGUUAAUAAUAAGUUCAUUUUGAUCUGAGAAUGAAUCACAAAAGUAUUUUACAUCACUUACGAUGAUUUUUUAAUUUACUUUGAAGUUCCGUAAUUAUAUUAUGAAAUCACUUAGAAUAUUGAUAUCAUAACUUACUGCCAUAAAUAGAAUUUGUAAAAGAUUAUGUAAAAGAAAUUGCUUCAACUUGUGAGAAAUGCAUGAAAAAAAAGAAUUGUUAAAAUUUAUUAUGUUAUACACUUUAAAUGAAUUGGGACAUUAUCAUUUAUCGAUGUUAUUGAUUUGUUGGACAUAAUUAUUAUAUUACUAUUUUUGUUACUUCAUAUCUGAAAGAAUGUAUCCUUAGAAUUGAAUUCUUAUUGAUUUGAAUAAAUUUUGUAUCUUUAUAUUGGUGGAUCUUGUUAUAAAAAUGCUGUGAAUUUUA